GUUUUAUUUCAGUUGAUUUCAUUUAAGGCUGUGGCUGUAUGUCAGUUGUAGUUUUGUUUCUUGUUCUUUCCUUCAGUGAUUGUGUUUGUUAACAGCAGGUGUUCAUCAGUGUCUGAAUUCACUCAUAUGUUCUCAAUCACUCUGUCUAGUGGACUAUAUAGUGCAGUAAUGUAGGACUAGUGAUGAGGGUGUAGGGAGUGGUUUCAGACACAGUCUAUGAAUGUCGACACUGAGGCUACUUUCUCGAAAACAAAGGUUAGAUCUAUUACAGUUAUUCACUGUAUAUAGUAAGGAAACUUACUCUUAAUCAUUUAACAGGUUAUUACUGUGGUAUUUUGCAGUUUUUUACUGUUAAAAUCACAAUCAUUUUUUACAGUGUAUGAGCUGUAACCACUGCAAGCAAAGUAAACAGGAAGAGUUUGUCCGAACUCAAAUGGUUUUGCAAAAGAACGCAAAAGUUUUGCGAGAGAACACGAAACAUUUGAAAAUAAUUUUUUCCUCCCACCUUGAAUUUUUUCCACUCACCCCGAUUUUUUCCCACCACAAUAUCCUUUAAAGGGCUCCGUAAAAUACACCUAAAGCCUACCUGAAAAUAAAACACUGUUUAUUUUAUUUGUAUAUUAUGUGUAUUUGUAAUGUGUAUCUUUGCUCUCAUUUUUUAAUAACAAAGAUAAUAUAAUGAUAACGAUUUUUAUCUUCUCCCACUUCGGCCUAAAUAUCUGCCAUACUUUGUUAUAUUUUGUUACCUUGAAAGGCCUUGUCUGUAUAAUAGGGAAAUUAGUUUGGCUGUAAUGCUCAGAUAACUUGCAAAAUAGAAAAACCAACAUGACAAAGAAUCGUGAUAAAAUCGUGAAUUGUCUGCGUGUGUUGUGUAGCACACAGCUUGUUUUUUAUCGGCUGCAUGCUUACAUGUUGUCAUGUUUUGUGUUUUGUGGCUUUUGUCUUAGUUUUCUGUGUGCUAUGUGCUCUCAUGUCAAUUGUCUUGACCCCACCCAUCUUGUUUCCUAAUUAUUGGUUAAUUUGCCCCACCUGUUUUCCUCAUUACCCUCCUAAUUUGCUCCCUUUAUAAUCUCCUUGUGUUUGCAGUUCUGUGCCAGUUUGUCAUCAAUGUUUGUUGAUGUUACCUUGGUUGUGGUGAAUGUUUCAUGUUCCUGCCCUGCCAAGCCUUGUUUCUCCUAUGGGGUAGUUUUAGUUUGUUUAUUUAUUACUAAUAAAAAUGGACUUUGUCUGUGUCUUCCUUAUUGCGUUGGUCAAUCUGGACUACAAUGAGGCUGAUGUUAAGGAGGUCUUCAAUAUCUGCCUCGAUCAGUCUCUCAGCCUGUGGGAGAUAGAGAAGCUGGGGAAUCUUGGCUUUUGGGACUUCAUCUAUCACGUCUACCAUUGUGGAGAGCCGGAGCUCCCACCCCAAGCGAAGUCCCACUCCACUGACUGUCCCCCCAUCCCACCUGCAGUCAGUGGAAGCCCCAGCCCUCCAAUGACCCAGAAACGAAGAAGGAAGAAUGGGCCUGCUGCAGCUCCCCCAGAGGCAGCCAAAGACGCUGCAGCUGCGCCCCCAGUGGAGGCCGACUAUGCCGCUGUGGCCCCAGAGGCGGCUAAAGACACUGCACAGACCACAGAGGCUGUUAUGCCACUGCCUCACUCUCGUCAGAAGAGGAAGGCUUCCUCCGUCCCACAAGGCCUGGAGGCCAUCCAGGAGCCCACUGCCAGCCCAGGGGCCGUCCCGGAGCUGCCCUUGGUUCCUGCCCUGCCGGCGCGCCCAAGCUCCUUUCUCUGAUGCCGGCACCGCCCAUGCUGCCUGCCACGCUGCUGGCUCCGCCCUAGCCUCCUGCCAGGACUCCUGACACGCUAGAGCCCGCCUGGUCUGUUACGCCUCCCUGGUUUGACCCUCCGGCUCCGCCCUGGCCCCCUGCCAGGACUCCUGGACUGCCUGAGCCUCCCUGGCUCAACCCUCCCGCCCCUCCCUGGCCCCCAUGGCUGUCAAAGUCAAGAAAAGACAGUCAAAGUACAGUUGAAAGUGCAGGAUAGACCAGCU